AAGGAAGAAAGAGGGGAAAGAAUCGGAGUGGAGAGAAGGGGUACUAUGUAAGGUGGCAUGCGUUUGACGAGGACUGUGUCCGAGACGUUUUGAACAUCUCUCAUCGCACGAUGUCGACCGUGGUGGAACAGGCGCUGGAACAUGCGCUGGAACAAGAUUCGCAGGCGAAGGCAGCGCGCAACCCGCCGAACUUCUGGGACCCCAUCUCGUAUGAAUUCGAGGAGCCGACCCCGCAAUGUCUUCUCAGGGCUAAACGUGACAUUAUGGACAUCUACACCCAGCCUCCCCCUGGAGUUUUCAUUGCACCAGAGGAAAACAACAUAACCAAGAUCCAUGCAUUGGUGCUGGGGCCCUUUGACACUCCGUACGAGGGUGGCUUCUUCCACUUCAUCAUGAAGUGCCCACCAGACUACCCAAUUCAGCCCCCGCGGGUCCGACUGAUGACCACAGACGGAGGCAGGGUGCGCUUCAAUCCGAACCUCUACAACAAUGGCAAAGUCUGUCUCAGCAUCCUGGGGACAUGGGUUGGACCAGCUUGGAGUCCUGCACAGUGCAUAGCAAGUGUGUUGGUCUCCAUUCAGUCACUGAUGACGGAGAAUCCCUACUACAAUGAGCCUGGAUAUGAAUCGGAAAGAUGGCCAGGCGAGGCAGCUCGGUACAACACCAUCAUACAGCACGAGACGAUCCGGGUGGCCGUUUGCAACACUGUUGAAGCCUGUCUCCAGGGUAAUUCUCCAUGCCCAGCACCUCUCAGGGAAGUGAUCCUGAAGUCUUUCCCCGACUUCUACAACACGUACGAGAAUGUGGUAAAGAGCCAUCUGCACUUGUCCGGUUCCCCAAUGAACGAUCCAUUUGGUGACAAGAGGGGGACGUACCAGUUCUCUACGCUGCUCACGCGACUGCAGAGCUUAAACGAGCAGGUCAAGAAGAAAAAUGAGGCUGCCAACAAGAAAGAGAAGAAGGAAAAGAAGGAGAAAAAGGAGAAGUGAUUGCUUUGUGUUUGGCCCUUGCUGCACUGCGUUGGCUACAGACAAACUUGGUACAUUCUUUUUGUCCUCCACGACUGCUUGGUGGAGGGCUUUCUGUCUCUCUUUUUUUUUUUUUGUUCCACGAUUGAGCAAAAGUCUACGGUAACGGCUGUGCAACAUGGCCAUCAGAAAUGAUGUACACUGUCAUUCAUUUUAGUUUCUGGUGAUAUUUCUGUACACAGUGUGGCCACUUCUGUAGUAGUGUGAAACAUUGUGCUAGUCUGUUGGAGUUUUCGUUAGGGGAGAUAACAGGUGGGAGUGAGGACAUCGAGCGGUAUGGUAAUAGCUGUUGCAAAAUUGUUGUGCAGGGAAUGUGAACAUUCUGCAGAGCAUUGAGCGCAUCUGGCAAGAUACACAACAGUGCUCACCGUGAGCCAACUGGCCCCAGCCAUUUUACGUUUUUAGUAGGACAUUGCAUUUAGUGUCUGCUGCUCAGUUAGGUAUGGUUUGCGUCAUUGUCAUAAACGUUGCUGAGGCAGAAGCAAUAAUUUCUUUUUUAAGGCACUUCUGUCUCUUUUCCAAAUGAUGGACCACUCUCUGCAUGCAACUGCCUUUACUUUCUCCAAGUACGUUUGCUAAACAUUUGAUGUGGGCAUCAAAAACAGAAAAUAAGGCAACACUACUUGAAUGGGGAAUACUGUACGAGCAGCAUGACAAACAGUCGCAAGGGUUUUAACUUGCAUUUCCAUGGGGUUGUUUGUGUUACUAGAUGGCAACAGCCCGUGAAGAUUCCUUGAGCCCCAACUACGUGGAGUGGCUUUCCGGGCAUCAAGUCAGCAUUGCACUGCCCACUGUCAGUUCAAGGUUGUUCACUUGCACCUGGAGUGGUGCAGGUCUGUGAAUGGUGGUGAAUCAAGUUCACAACCUUCCUCGCUCUGGUUACCGCCCUAUAAACUAAAACUAACAUCGAUUCAGAACAUGCAUCUAGUUCUGUGUUUGGGACUUUAAUACACGUCAUUGACUGCCAAGCCUCCUUGGCGUACAUCGCAUUCAUUGUGUUUAUUCAUUGUGUCUAGUCCCCAGCUAGUGUCGCUCUUUGUCCUCAUGUUAUUUGUUAAUACAUUAACUGCACAUGUUAAACGAUCACUCAGAUUAAUUUUUUUCUGGUUUCUGAUGUGUUCCUAGGGAGGAAGUCUCAUAUAAUCGCUGCAUUGCAGCCAGGAACCCAGACGUUAGCGAGGCAUGCAAGUUGCAUGUGAAAGGUAUCCAUUUGUUCCAAAGGUAUUUAGCCCAUCACAACUUUGGCUGACAUGGAUGUUCGAGACCUUUUAUCAUCACUGAAGUUACAUGUACUGGCUUAAUUCGAGCAUAUUUAGUACAGCUGCAUACCUUGUAGAGUUUCUACAAGCAGGCCAGCACUACAAAACAGGAAUAUAUUGACGAGGCCUUCGAACCUCCAUUAUGGCUGCGGUGGUGCUGGGAUGCUUUUUCUUGGAACUGGUGGUGCAUAGAUACUGUACAGUUAACUUCAGUGUAAGAGAAGUUUUGUUGUCGUUGCAGGUUGUGAGGAGUUGCUUUUGAAACAGCAAUGUGCCAGGGCACACCGUGUUUAAAUGUUGCACAAGAACGUCUGUGUUUACAUAUUGCAUAAGAAUUUGCACAUGUACGUGUGAUUUGGUCUUGUGUGGUGUAGUUGCUUUUGCCUUGCUUGUAUAUUGCCACUAUAUGUCAAAAGAUCUGAAUUGUUGAAAUUGACUUCAUGCAUAAUAAAGAUAUCAAUUAAAAAUGA